AUGGACCCCAAUCCCGACACCACCCCCCCUACCCCCUCCCCCGGCCUCUUCCGCUAUGUCCUAGGCUUCCUCCUCGUAGGCGCAGCCUGGGGAUUCACAACCCCCUUCAUGCGCCGCGCUGCUCUGAACUCCACCUCCACGACUCCGGAAUCGCGUUCUUGGCUUGAGCACCCCAAUACACCAUGGUUGAAAGCAAAGAUCUGGGGUGUGAUCUAUGGAGUCUACGAUACGCUCAAGAAUCCGGCUUAUGCGGUGCCGUUUUUGAUUAAUGUGACGGGAAGUGUGUGGUUCUUUUUGUUGAUUGGGCAGGCUGAAUUGAGUCUUACGGUGCCGAUCACGAAUUCUCUGGCGUUCUUGUUCACAGUGUUGGGAGAGUGGUGGGCGGAGAAGAAGACCAUUACGAAAGAUACAUGGCUAGGCAUGGCUCUUGUCCUCGGUGGCAUCGCCCUCUGUGUGCAUUCCAAGAACACUUGA